AAUUUCAACGGCCAGAUUCGGGCACUCUCUGAAUAAUUAUUUUUUGGUACGGAUAUAUUGAAGUCUUCACUGUCACACGUCGCUGGCUUGAAUUUUACGAGCGGCGGGUGACAACACCCGUCCUGUCCACGUUGGCUUCACCGGAGCCCCCUGACAACUGUCACAUAAGUUGCCAUCGUUGUCUUGCCAGCUCGGAGCUGGCCAAUUUUGAAUAAAAGCUAGAACUAAGAUUGGAAGCUGUCCUCUGUCAACAUCACCAAAAUGACAGAGCAACUGGAACACAUCCUUUCGCAGCUAACACAGCCUGACAAUGCCAUUAUUCAGCAGGCCACGGCGGAGUUGAAGAAGGCGUUUAAAGAUCCAGCCAUUAUCCCUGCACUAUGUGCAGUCAUGACAGGUUCUCAGAACCCGCAGAUCCGUCAAUCUGCAGCGGUCAUGUUGAGAAUGAGGGUGAAGAAGCACUGGAAGAAAAUAAGUCCAGACCACCGGGAGAGUUUAAAAGCUGUGGUCCUUCAAGCCUUCCAACAAGAGACAGAGCACACAGUGCGUCACUCUCUCUCGCAGCUCAGUGCUGUGAUGGUCAAGCAUGAGACACCUGACCGCUGGCCAGCUCUGCUGACUUUACUCAACCAGUCUACGCACAGCAACAACCCGCAGGACAGACAGGUGGGUCUUCUGCUGUUGAGCAAAGUGGUGGAGUCGAACCCGGAGCCCUUCAAGCAGCACUACAAGCAGCUGCUGCAGCUGUUUGGCACUGUGCUCCAGGAUCUGAGCAACCCCACCGCUAUCUACUACUGUAUCCUCACCCUCACUGCCAUCACCCCCUACACGGGCUCCGACGAGAUGAAUAUCAUGCGUUCCCUUGUCCCAAGACUGCUCACUGCCCUGAAGGCCCUAAUCAAAUCUGACGAGAACCAGGCCAGUGAGGCCAUGGAGGUACUGGAUGAGCUCAUGGAGAGCGAGGUGUCCAUCAUCGUUCCUCACCUGGCCGAGAUUGUACGCUUCUGUCUUGAGAUCGGUGCAGAUGCUUCCCUCAGUGAUUCUGUACGGGUCAGGGCCCUCUCCUGCAUCUCCGUUCUCAUCAGACUGAAGAGCAAGGCAGUAAUAAAGCAGAAGCUGCUCAACCCCAUCCUGCAGACGGUCUUCCCUGUGCUGGCUGCAGCGCCACCACCAGGUGAGGAGGACCCAGAAGACGAGGAGAGCGAAGACGAUGACCAGGAUAAUGAGAACCCCAAACACCUGGCGGCCCAGGUCAUUGACACCAUGGCUCUCCAUAUGCCCCCAGAGAAGCUCUUCCACCAGCUGAUGCCGCUGGCACAGGCUUGCCUGACCAGUCAGGACCCGUAUCAGCGCAAAGGAGGACUGAUGUGUCUGGCUGUGCUGGCUGAGGGCUGUGCCGACCACAUCCGCACCAAGAUGCUGUCCUCCAUGUUGCAGACGGUGUGCCAGAGUCUGUCUGACAGUAACCAGGUGGUGCGCAGCGCAGGUCUGUUUGCCCUCGGACAGUUCUCCGAGCACCUGCAGCCUGAAGUGAGUAAGUACCAUGCUGAGCUCAUGCCCCUUCUAAUGGCCUACAUGGCCAGCCUGAACCAAGCCAAAGUUGGACACGUCACCAAGGCCUUCUACGCCCUGGAGAACUUUGUGGAGAAUUUAGGUGAUGAAAUUCGUCUCUAUCUCCCCACUCUGAUGGAGACGAUGCUGUCCACUCUGCUGAAUAAUGAGAGCCUUAGGAUAAAGGAGUUGGCUGUCAGUGCCAUUGGAGCUAUUGCCAAUGCCGCCAAAGAGCAGCUGGUGCCUUACUUCUCGCCGAUCAUCGAGAGUCUGAAGGGAUUCCUGACUGACACCCGUGAUGAGAUGAGAGCUGUGCAGGUCCAAUCCCUGGACACGCUGGCGGUGCUGGCGCGCACUGUAGGUAAGGAGGUGUUCAGCCCGCUGGCCGCAGAGUGUGUGCAGUUGGGGCUCAACCUGAGCGACGCUGUGGACGAUCCUGACGUGCGCCGCUGCACUUUCAGUUUGUACUCUGCAGUGUCCACAGUGAGUCCUGACUGCCUGGUGCCCCACCUGCCCACCAUCUCCACCAUCAUACUGAUGUCCCUCAAGUCCACCGAGGGAGUGACGGAGCAUCUGGAUGAGGAGAAGCAGUUUGUGCUGCUGGACGAUGAGGAUGACGAUGAUGAUGAUGAGGAUGGAGCAGGAGACACCGCCUUAGGGGACGACCCUGACGAUGACACAGCCGCCCAGAAUGUUGCCGGGUUCAGUGUGGAGAAUGCUUACAUUGAUGAGAAAGAGGACGCCUGCGAUGCCUUGGGAGAGAUUGCUUUCAACACAGGGAUUGCCUUCCUGCCCUUCCUGGAGCCCAGCUUCCAGCAGAUCUACGAGCUGCGCGAUUUUCCACAUGGGGAUGUGCGUAGGGCCGCGUUCGGGGCCUUGGGACACUUUUGUCGCGCUCAGCACAAGGUGUGGCAAGCCAACCCUACAGAGGAAAAUCACCAGGCGCUGCAUAAGCUGCUGGGCGUGGUGCUGCCGUGCUUCAUGGAGGCGGUGCGCAGUGAGAAGGAGCGGCAGGUGGUCAUGGGCGUGCUGGAGGCCCUGAACAGUGUCAUCAAGUCCUGCCAGGCCGAGGCGGUGCAGGCACCUGGACGACUCCAGGAGAUCAGCCACGUCAUCAGAGACGUGCUCAAGAAGAAGAUGGUGUGCCAGGACGGAGGUGGGGAUGCGGACGACGAUGAUGAGCAGCAGGCGGAGUAUGAUGCCAUGCUGCAGGAGUUUGCAGGGGAGGGCAUCCCUCUGCUGGCCUCCUCUGUACCCGCCGACACCUUCAUGCCCUUCCUCAACGAGCUGCUGCCCCUCAUCAUCAACAAGGCGAAGUCCUCAUGUACGGUGGCUGACCGCUCCUUCUCGGUGGGAACGCUUGGCGAGACUCUGCACGCGCUCACUAAGGUGCAGGGUGGCAGGGGCGUAGCUGGGCGUCUGUCCAAUCGCCUGCUGCCGGUGCUGGUGGGCGGAGUUAAGGACCAGGACCCUGAGGUGCGCAACAACAGUGUGUUCGGACUGGGAGCCCUGGCACAGGCCGCCGGGCCCAUCGUCGCCAAUGAUUACCCCAUGAUGCUGUCCCUCUUCUCCAACUUGCUGUCCAAGGAGUCUGACCGCCGCGUCAUCGACAACCUGUGUGCCGCACUGUGCCGUAUGAUCAUGACCAACAUGGAGUGCGUGCCAGUUGACCAGGUCUUCCCAGCCCUUAUAGCACAACUGCCCUUGAAGGAGGACUUGGAGGAGAACAAGACAGUCUACCAGUGCCUAGCCUUCCUCUACGCCAACAACCCUGCUCUGAUUGUAGGCCAACUGAAGACCAUCGUAGCUGCUUCCAACCAUGUUUUGGGAACUAAGGACAUAGAUGAAGAGACCCAGAACACAUUGCUCCUGCUGCUGAGAGACAUUGCCCAGAGCCACGCCCAGGAGUUCCAGGGUGCAGUGAUGUCAUUGCCUGCGGACCAGCAGCCUAGGAUGACUGCAGCUGUCACUCAGGCAUAGCUGCUCACCUUCAGACUUCCACUCUGGAGAACACUAGCCAAAUUUGUUAUAGAAUUUUUUUAAUAUGCCACAGAAAAGGACAAAAAAAAAACUCAAACAGGAAACAUCCAUCACAAGCCAAAUACAGUCUAUUUCAGCACUUCACCACAAAAAUAGCCAAAAUUGUAUUACACCAGAAAAUGUUAACCCAGUCAUAUGUUCAGUGUUACUAUUUUUUUGUUUUUAUUAAUUUAUAUGCUUACAUAACGGUUUUGAAGUGUAUUGUUACUGCUAUUAAUAUUUUUUUUCUAUUAUUGUUUUCAUUAAGUAACUUUAAUGUUUUCCAUUGGUUUGCUUUCAGACCCUCUCAACAAUUCCAUGAUAUUCUGGCUUGGCUAGUUGAUGUGAGAUGCUAUGAAUUUAUCAAAAAUUAUAAAUGAAUUUCAGACAUGCA